AUGGAUGUCAACAAUAUGCCACACUUUUCACCACAUGAGAAAGUAAUUUUAAGAACUUCUGAGAAUAAAGAUAUUUUUGAAGAAAAAUUCUCUACUUUUGAAACUAAUAAACAUGAAAGCUCCGAAACAACAUUAAAUCUGAAUAAGAAUAAAGAUAGACAUUUCUUUGAAACAAAAAUUCUUUAUAAUGGUAUCAAACUUCCAAUCAGAGUGCCACUUACUGUCAAUCCAGAAGAAGUUGGAGACUUCUCAUUAAUAAAAUUAAUAACAACUUUUACACCAUCAUCACCAACCACAUUCACUCAUCCAUUCCAUCCACACUUAGACUCAAGUGGUAAUCAAACUCAUCCGAUAAUUUUACUUUUGAAUGCACUAUUGACACAGAAAAGAAUCAUUUUUUUGGGUCAAGGUCAUCCAUCUGGCGAAGUGGCUAAUUAUGUAUUGUCUGCUUGUGCUAUGGGAAGUGGUAGUGGUGGCGUACUAAGGGGGUUCACUGAACGUGCAUUUCCCUAUACCAACUUGACAAAUGUUGAUGAUUUAUUAAAGGUACCCGGAUUUAUAGCAGGGGUGACUAAUAGAAUUUUUGAAGAUCAUAGUUCAUGGUGGGAUGUGCUUUGUAAUAUUGAUACUGGCAAGAUAACUGUUAUUAAUGACAUUUAUCAAUAA